AUGGCGAAGUUUGGGUUUUCUAUCGGCGACAUUGCACUAUUGAGCACCUAUGCCUACAAAAUUUACAAGUCGUGUCAGAAUGCGGGCGAGUCUUUUGCAGUAAUCACAGCAGAUGGCGACCCAAAAUCAUCUCUUCGACACCUUUCCCACGCCCAACAAGGCGAGCUAGCGGCCCGCUUAGAAGAGUGCAAGACAGACCUCUCUGAAGUGAAAAAGGUCUUGCAUCAGUUCCGAUCGUUGGACUCAAAAGAUCCACGAUAUCGUGACCGACUGGCAUUCACAAGUGGGAAACAGGCAGCGUUACGGGAGAGACUGAGCACACAUUCGGCACGAAUACAGCAGUUCCUCGCAGGCAUCAACGUCGCCACUUUCUCUAGGAUCGAGCGCAAUACAGAGGCACAUCUUCUAUCCUUGUCGGAUAUCAGAGCAAGACUUGAUGAAAUCCAUCGCGAUAUGAGGGCGCGGAGGCGCGACAAAUUCGGUCUUGAAAGUUUCGGAGACGUAGAGUCAUUGCGGCAAGAAGUUUUGGGGGUUGGCAUGACGGAUGCAGGGGUCGAUUUGGAACACGAGAUAGCAGAUUGGCUGAAAACUGUAUCUGAAGAAAGAGACAUAAGUGAUUGGAUGCCUUUGGAUGCCGUUCCUGCGACACAAGUGGACGGCGGCUCAGGAGUACCAGGUGGUGCCGAAAAAGGAUGA